AUGACAUUAUUAAAAGAACAUGGUCACAAGUUUAAAGCUAUCAAAAUGGAUGGUUCGAAGAUGAAAGAUUAUAAAGAACAACAAGGAUUGAUAGAAUAUAUUGAGAAACAAAGUCGAUGUUUAGAUGAACAAGAGAUAUCAAUUUCUCCAGUUAAAAUGGCUACAGCAACCAAUCAGUAUAUUUCCUGUAUAAAAUUUAGUGGUAUUCCUAUAUUACCACCUGUGAUGACUGCUAAAAGGAAAGAUGAGAUGAUGAGUUAUAAGUAUCAAGCUCAGAUAGCCGAAAAUAAAAUAAAAAGUAGACAAAGAGACAAAUUGAUGGCCAGAGCUCAUAGAGCUGUUAAAACUAUACAGACAACAGAACCAAAAAAACAACAUAAUGAUGGAGAAGAAAAAAACAAAAAUCUGACUGCUGAGCUAGAGAGAGUUCAGUCCCUUGCUGAAACAGGCCAGUUUGAAGAGGCAAUUCAAUCUAUAGAUUCCCUUUCAUCAGGAUUAAUGUCACUAGAAGAUGGCUCUUUACCCAAUGACUUUUAUGGAUUACCAUGUACAUCAGUUCAUGAACAACAAAUUUCACAAGUCUUACAAAAACUUUCUAAACAGUUAAAUUUAAAGGAUACUCUUAGUUCUACAGCUGGCAGUACUCUAGGAAGUGAUGGUAAUGUUGACACUCUCACAGAACAGAAAAACAACUUGAAAAUUCCUGAUGCAGUUUCAGAAGGUAGUUCUAAUAGUUUCAGAGAUAGUCAGGAUACCAUUGUUGAAGUUUUAAAUACAUCUAGAAAAUCUAAACCACCUGCUAUUAAGAUAGAAGACAAACCAGAAAGUUCAGUGAAGGAUUCUCCAUCUUGUGGCUAUGGAAGUGGUGAUUCUUCAGCUGUUAGUUCAGCAAACACUUCAGCUUCCGAACGUAUAAAAGGCAGUCCAAAAUCUCUUAAAAACACUGUGCACUUCUCUGAAUUUGUGAAAGUUUUAAAGACAAAUCAAUCAGUAGAGGAUGAAAUAACUGUGAAACGCCUGAAAGAAAUGAAUUCAAAUUCAGAAUCAACAGAUAAGAAGUCUCCAGAGUUGAAAGGACCACAGAGUUUGCUUAGUAAGGUUAAUCUUAGUCCAGAAAACGAGGCAACAACUCCUUCGCCAGAUUCAAUUCUAGAAGUACCUUUUCAACCAAAAGCAGAUCCACCAAGAAAAACAAAUGAAUCUCUGCCGAGUAAAAAUACAUUACAGAAAGUUUUAGAAGACAAACCACCCAAGCCUGGUUAUGUUUCUCCAAAAAUUUCACCUAGUUGUGGAUCAGACCCUGGUUCAAGAUCAUCCAAGAGUUCGACACCAGUUAGGCGUGCAGCUAGUUUGAAAUUUAAUAAACCCAGAAAGUCAGAUACUUGUGAAAAUAGUCACAGUUCUUCACUUCAUUCUUCACCUCAUAGUCAAACAUCAUCUUCAGAUAACAUGUCUAGUCAAACAGAUACAAAUUCUAGAUUAUCCAGUACUGGAUUAUCUCAAUCAACAGGACGCUCGUCACAAACUGCUGAUACCCAGAACUCUUCUCAACAAACACAGAGUCAGAAUGAUACACAGUCAACCUCACAGUUAUCUACUACAAAUUCAUUUAGCACUCGUACCAGCCGUACCACAAAUGAACAGUUGACUAGUGUCACAGAUUCGCAAAUUUCAGCAAGAACAGAUUUUACUUUGGAAACGACAGAUUCUGAAAGUACGAUUAAAGCUGGUGUCGGCCAUGUUGGUAGUAGUACAGGAAGUUCUAAUUUAUUACGCUAUAAAAAGGCUAUUGAAAACACUUUGGACAAUUCUGAUACCGGUACUGAUGUUUCUAAAUCUCAGUUGGAAUCUGUUACGGAAAGUGCUGAUUGUGAAGUUCUACAAAAUAAUUUGCCUGCUGAUGCAAAGGGCAAAGGUCAUGUCAGGCGUGGAUCAUACACUUUAGAUAAUCCCUCACCUGUUCUAAUUCAUGCUCAAUCUAGAAUAGAUAAAGAGGGUGGUGGGACACUAGGAGUAGAAACGAGUAUCUAUGCACCAGUGAUUGGCAAUCCAGGAAUUAAUAAGCCGAUACAACGUAAGCUAGAUUAUGAUGAGGAUCCAGAUUUAGAGAAUACCAGACCUGUCAGUCUUCCUAUUCCUCCUGACCAGGAAUCUGAAGGAAAAGAAGAGCAUAUUCAUCGUUAUCUAAAUCAUGUCCAACAACAAAAUAAACAGCCAUUAAAACAACAAGCACCUGUAUUGACUAGCCAAUCAGAAUUAAGUGAAUAUUCUACAUUAAACAGUAUUAAUAUAUUACACUCUCUAAUAGAGGAAAUCAAUAAUAAACCAGAUAUGUCUGAAGAAGAAUUAUUAAAAUUACAAAAGGAGAGAUUUCAAGCUAUGCAUCAAGGUUUAUUAGAAAAACAGAGAAAUGAUUUAGAAGAACUAUUUGUUAUGCAGAGACGACAACAGAUUAAUUUACAGUCAGAGAUUGACUGUCAUAAAAAAGUUGUAGAGAAGCCUCAUCCAGGAAGGAAAUCGGUCCCAUUUUAUAGUUCACCAGAUCCAUAUUGUGAUGGAAGAGACAACAGAAACAUAUCUCUACAGUCUCACUCUAGUGUUCUGUAUCCUACUAGGUCAAAUAGACCUCGCGAUAAAUUGACACCUAAAAACCUAAUGUUUCCUAAAACCUCUACACCAACACCCAAAGUUUAUAAACCAUUAGUAAGAUCACCCGUCAAAUCUGUUAAUCCUGUCUACAGACCUAACUAUCCAGUCAAGUUACCACCUGAUAUAAAUGAUAUAGAGACACAAUUGAAGUUUUUUAAAGUUACAGCAUUAGCAAGAGGAUUUUUAACCAGAAGGUUAUUAAAAUCUGAAAAAGUCCAAGAAUUAAUCAAAACCAUUCGAGAUACUCGAGAGUUUGCAUUUAGUUUUCAAUCCGAAACCCCUAUAAAGAGUGGUAGUUUUUCAAAUCAAGAUAGAAACUUAUUAGAAAGAAUUAUUGCUCAGUUACAAGCAGCAUUAUUAGAUGUACAUGAAAUAUUCUUUGUCCUACCAGUCUCAGAUAGAAUGGAACUUAUCAGACAGACCAGACUUAAAGAACAAGAACGAAGAUAUCUAGGGGCAUCAUCUAACUCUACAAUAAAAGAUUCAGCAAGAAAAUUAAACAGAUUUUUUAGCUGCCUGAAUCAACAUGAUUUGAGUUCCUUAAUCAGUGGUAGAGAAGAAGAAUUACAAGCAGCACACCGCCCUAAAACAGCCCCACCUUCAACUAGUAGUCCUAGAUCACAUUCUACCAAUUCAAGAGCAUUAAAACCAUUACAAAGUCAGAUAUCACCUAUUAGAAAAGAUGAUAUAUCUCAACCAAACAAUAGGACCAACAAUAAAGUAAGACCAAAAACUGCUCCUGAGAAGCCAACACGAGAACAACUAGCUAGUAAAAACAGAAAGGUUAACAAUGCUGCCCCAACUACUAAUAAACCUAACAAAACACCUGCUUCUAAUAAUAAAUCUGUAACUAAAGUCAUACGCAAAGUCAGCUCGAAAUCAGAUAAAUCAUGGAGAUAG